AUGAAGAAACAAAAUCAUUUUUUUGAGAAACUAGCGAAGUACAUUGGCAGAAACAUUCGAUUUUUAAUAGACAACGAAAAUGAAGAGUAUUGUUUUAGAUUACAAAAGGAUAGAGUUUAUUAUGUGAGACUUAGUAUUGCAGAACAAGCUACCACAAUUGGAAGAGAGAAUUUAUUAUCACUUGGCACAUGUUUUGGGAAAUUCACUAAAACAGGGAAAUUUAAACUUCACAUAACUGCAUUACCAUAUUUAGCACAAUAA